UACCAGAUCCGCUCUCCAUGUCUUCUUUACCGGCCUAGGGCCACCACUGCUUAGACAACUGGACUAUGAGGAGCCCAGCCUGUUAGAAUAAUAGGUCCGACGGUGAGUUGCAAGUGGAUAAAAUGAAAAAGAACAUAGAAAAAUGGCUACAUCUAAGACAACAAAUCUUUCGAGGAGUGAUCAUUGUAAAAUGCAAGCCGGUUGCAUAUCCAUAGGUACCAUAACUUGUAGAUUUGCACCAUGAUCGUCCCGGAGGAUUGCGGACUGACGCUCAACUCACCAAUCAAUUUUGACAAAUAAAAUCACCUCUUUCUUAACCCAAGAUCCACUUUCAAUAUCCACACAAGUACACCGCCAUUGCCAACUAUCUAGUCUGGGAGAGCAACCGUAUUUGCAGAGAAUGUGUGACUUCAGCAAUCACUGGCUGGUUUGAGAGAAGAGAGACAACAGAUGGUAAACAGCGACUUCUGAACCAAACCCAUAUCUCCAUUUUCGGGAAAAACAAGCGGACCUGCUGUUGACACGAUUUCUCCGGCCACAAAUGGGUGUUGACGAGAAUAAAGCAGAGACUGAAUUGAAAGUUUGGAGUCUAUGUAGACUGCCGUUUUGGCAAUCAAGCAGUGGCGGUACUUCUUCUACUACAAUUUCUUCUGGUUCUGUGAGUCAUAAUGUGUAUCAACAACCCCAAAAUCAGCGACUUGGAGAGACAUCGAGCUUGCAUUCUGUCAAUAAGAUGUCGCUGGUAGCAAAGUCUCUGUUGCCUACUAGAAGGAGACUCAAGCUUGAUCCCCCUCAGAAUCUCUACUUUCCAUAUGAACCUGGUAAACAGGUCAGGAGCGCAAUUGACAUUAAAAACACUUGCAAGUCUCAUGUAGCUUUUAAGUUUCAAACAACUGCACCAAAGAGUUGUUAUAUGCGUCCUCCAGGAGGUAUACUUACUCCUGGAGAAAGUAUUAUUGCAACAGUAUUCAAGUUUGUGGAGCCUCCGGAGAGCGAUGAGAAACCUGUAUUGCAAAAGAGCAAGGUUAAAUUCAAGAUCAUGAGCUUGAAAGUGAAAGUCGAAAUGGAAUAUGUUCCAGAAGUGUUUGAUGAGCAAAAAGAUCAAGUUGCGGUGGAACAGGUACUGCGGGUUGUUUUCCUUGAUCCAGAACGCCCUAGCCCGGCAUCGGAAAAACUUAAACACCAAUUGGCUGAGGCAGAUGCUGCCCUUGAGUCAAAGAAGAAGCCUCCUGUAGACACGGGGCCACAGAUUGUUGGGGAAGGCCUUGUUAUUGAUGAAUGGAAAGAACGGAGAGAAAGAUACCUGGCUCGGCAGCAGGUUGAAGGAGUCGUCGAUUCUGUGUAAACUGAUACUUUCUGCUGAAAAAAACACUCUUUAAUUCGUUUUCUUCAACCAAAAGCUCCCUCCAUGUGAGGUAAAGGACGACUAGGAUGCUUUUGCAAGAAAAACACUUGGAAAGGUAAAAUGGAAGCAUGUUGUUGUUAUUUGAGUCUAUUUGGUUUUUUAAAAAAACGCAUUUACUUCGAGAUUCGAGCCUAAUUCCUUGUAGAUAGAGGGAUUUGAUUAACCCAGAAAUUCAGUUUUGGCAUGUGAAAGUUGUUUCAUUAUUGUUGAUGUUGUAUGCUGUAACUACGCAGAAGAACCAAAAACUAUGUGAAAUGUGUAUCAAGUGCUUGAAUCCUCGUAUAUAA